CGACAGUGGGAGUUAUCUUUGACGCUGCUUCUUCAGCCAUUGCUCAGCAUCUUAUCUUGUCUAGAGGACCUCGUGUCACCUGUGCUUCAGACUGCUUCAGAGUUUUGGCCUACAGGACCGCACAGACAUGGCUGAUGGUCGUAUUGUUCACCCAUCCAUCUUUGUAGUGGACAGCGGGAUCGGUUUUCCGCCGCCGCUGCCUCCCAAGCCGGGAGAAAAGCGAAUCCAGAAACGGAGGAAGCAUCUGAUCCAGAAGACGCUCUGGGUGCUGGUGUGUCUGGCUUUGUUUGGCUUAUUAGUGGAGGCUUUUUUCAUCUACAGUCUCCACCAUACAAAACAAACCACUGAGUCUAAUCCUGAUUCACCAAAAACCGAAGCACUAAAAGGAAGCCAAAAUGAGGGGCAACCUGUUAGCAGGAAGUCGAGGCCAUUUACGAUCAUGAAUCCGACAAAACCUCUUGCACAUCUGACCGUAGCUAAGAAACCCGAAAAGGACGGAAUCAUGGAAUGGAAUGAUAACGAGACCGGAGACUCCAUCCGUUACCAGCUCAAGUACAGAGACGGAAAGCUGAUUAUUCAGAAGGAAGGCUUCUACUACGUGUAUUCGAAGCUUAGCUACAGUGCAGACGGCCCUUCUUUCAUCCACACGGUGGAAAGGAACACGUCACGCUAUCUGGGUAAACCGAUCAACCUCCUUAGAUCCAGCAGCUACAAUUCCAAACCGGUCCACAAAUUCAACGUGAGGGACAGCUCUCUGGGUGGAGUCUUUCAUCUGCUCAAGAACGAUGCUCUUUUUGUUCACGUGAAUAACGGCUCUUUAAUUCGUCUGCACAUUUCUGCUGAUAACUAUUUCGGCAUGUUUAUGCUGUAGAUACAAUUCGGCUCUACAUUUAUAACCAAACGUUCUCGGUGCUCUAGAGCUUGUGAACCCGUAACGAUUAGAAUUGAAAUAUCAUGUAUUUAGAAGAUUAAAUUAGAAAUGUACACCGCACUUUGGUAAAGACAACACUCGCGGGAGUAUAAAGGUAGUAGUGGUAUUCUAGUGAUGUUCUCUGGUGUAGUGACAAUUUUAGACUCAAAUUCAGUCUCCUAAGUGGCCUGUUUACACUUGAUGCGGCACAACAAAUCAACAUUUAUUUUCACGGACAGGCGGCUGUGUAAAGGCUGCGUACCGAUCUGUACAUGACCGUACAACACAAUGAAUGUGGUACAACUGCUUCUAUGGAAUUGCUUCAGGGACCAUGAUGUAUAACCAGAGUGUCUGUUUUUAAAAUGCUCUGUUUGUUUACUUGAUUACUUAAACUGAAUUAAAAUUGUUCAGGAAAUUGAAUCACUCUGGCUCUAAAAAAUAUACAGAUUAUUUCUGUAUUUAUUUGAAUAGUUGAAUUAGGUUUGAAAAAAAAAUAUAUUAGUGGUUAGCACGUUCGCCUCACACCUCCAGGGUUAGGGGUUCGAAUCCCGCCUCCACCUAGUGUGUGUGGAGUUUGCAUGUUCUCCCCGUGCCUCGGGGGUUUCCUCCGGGUACUCCGUUUUCCUCCCCCAGUCCAAAGACAUGCAGGGUAGGUUGAUUGGCAUCUCUGGAAAAUUGUCUGUAGUGUGUGAUUGCGUGAGCGAAUGAGAGUGUGUGUGUGCCCUGUGAUGGGUUGGCACUCCGUCCAGGGUGUAUCCUGCCUUGAUGCCCGAUGACGCCUGAGAUAGGCACAGGCUCCCCGUGACCUGAGAUAGUUCGGAUAAGCGGUGGAAAAUGAGUUAGUGAAAAAAUAAAUCAGCGCUGUAUUCCUGGUUCCUGUCCUGCGGCAACUUGAAAAUUAUGGCUAUGUGCUACAUUGCUCUGAUAUGAGGCUUGGGAUUCAGCCAGCGACAGAAGGAGGUUGCGACUGUCAAAGCCAUUAUCCAUGUUGCUUUUGUGCCAAAUUGCUUAUGAGACUCGCUGUACUGCUGGAGCUGUUGAUUACUCGAUGUUGAUGUGUUUUCUCAUUAGAAACACAUUUGUCAAAAUAGAAGAAAAAACCUUUAGCAAUGUCAUCAGUCAUCAAACGUGGGAGAAUGCUUACCUAUAGGAAACUCCGUUUGUUCCUCAAAAGUACAGACCUCACAAAAAGGUCUUGAUCUCAUGCGGCAAGCUCUUACAUGCUGUGUAUUGUGUAUUGGCCUACAUGAGCGAGGAGACUUACAAUAGAGUGUUGUAUACGUAGUAGGAGGUCAUUGGUUUUUAACCCAUUUGACAGGGAACUGUGAAUGAACUCAAACAGCCUUUUUCUAGGUUCCAAAACUAUUUCCAACACUGACUAUAAAAUUUUAAUCUAAUUUUUGACUAUAUGAUGUCUGAUCAUCAUGAAGUGUAUGACGUAGGCAGUUAUGAGCACCCAUAACAAAGUCAUACAUUUCCAACUAUGGUUAUAACAGCAUUCCGACUCCGCUAACAAACAUUUAGUGAUUUUUUUUUUUUUUUUUUGUAAACAGAGUUACAAUAAAAACAAAUAUAAUACUUAGCAAGAACCUUUUACAUAACCGGCUUCUUUGUAUUAAAGUCGAUAAUCAUACGAUACAUAACAUUACCACAAACGCUGCCAGGCUACACAUUGUGCUUUUUUAUUUUUUUUUUAAAACAUCAACUAGCAAAAAUGUUAUAAAUACUGUGUCGAUGUUAACCUGAAAUAUCGCGGUUUAAUAGUAUACAGUUUAGAGGAUACGGCCUUCCGCGCAACAACGUCGCCUGAGCGUCGUUACGUUAUUUAAUCCUCGUGAACGCAUCACACAUUCGUCUCAGUAACACACCGUCUCUCAUCGGAAGACUGUUUAAAGCUAAACAUUUACCAUAAUGUAUAGUUUACUCAUUAAUAUACAGAUAAACAUAUUUCAUAUAAACAUAUUUGUGAAAAUUAUAAAUCGUUCCGAUUAAAAUAAGAGGCAUCACAAAGACAUUUUAAAAUAGUUUGAAUGUAAAAUCAGCACAAAUCUGUUUAAACCUUUGGCUAAUGAUUAACAGUCAAAUUGGGUUUCUUUUGCACAAUGUAGAAAAUAGUUUAGUUUU